AGAGGAGGGGAUAGCCGCGGAGGUUCUUGCAAGGCUCUCCUUGGUAGAGAAGAGCCUGGCGGAGGCAGGAUAUUCACUGCGAUCCCUGGCGCCUGCGCCGCCGCUGCUGCUGCCACCGCCGCCGCUGUCGCCACCACAACGACCGCGGCAGAGCGGCCCGCAUUGGCGGCAGCAGCAUCUGGAGCAGGAGGAGCAGGAGGCGGGAAUCGGGGCAGUGAGGGCAGGAGCUGCAGUCAUACGGCGAGGGCACGUGGUAGUGGACGAUGAUGCGUUUGACUUUGACAGUGAGGACGAUCUGAUAAGCAACAAGGUGCUGGAGGAGUGGCUGAACGUACCGGCGGAGGGGCUCGGGUACGAGGAGGGGAUGCCGCAGCACCAACGGCUGCACUAUACCUUCACCACUGGCACUGCCACUGCCCUCUCCAGUCCUACUACCUCUUCUGUUGAGGGUGGUGGUGAGGAAGAGGAGGGUGAGCCGGGGGCGGAUGAUGAUGAGGAGGAGGAGGAGGGUGAGGUACGGCGGGAGGCCCAUCAGCCGUGGUGCACCAGGUAUCACCCUGCCGGCAGGGGCCUGCAUGCGGGUGGCGAUGACAGCUCGUCAGAGGGGGACAGCUCGUCAGGGAGGGGGCCGUCUGGGUACCUGGAGGAGCAAGAGCAGGAGGAGGAGGAUGAGCCCAGGAGCACCCUGGAGGGUUUCCGCGGCCGCUUCGGCGCAGGCGUGCUGAGGGUCAUGCACAUGCUGCUUCGUGGGAAGGCCAUGCUGGAGGCCACGGUACGGCACAGGCCGAUGCAGCAGCAGCAACAGCCGCAUCAACCGCAGCCGUUGGUGAUGGAUUUGGAGAACGCGGGCCAAGCUGCCAUGGCGAUGCUGCUGCUGUACGAGUGCUCCGCGAGGACCCGACAGGAACUGAUGUUCCAACCGGCAACCAAUACACCGUUACCCACGUCACAACCGACCCCACCGACCCACGGGGAGCCCCCGGGUCCCCUGCGUCUGGAGGUGCGGCCCGGGUGGUUGCCGCGGCACCAGGUGCAGGGCUCGCUGGGGCCCGGAGGCGCGGAGGGCGGUACGGCAGCACGUGAGGGCACGCAGCUGUACGACCACCGCAAGAUCAAGAGCGUCACCGUGACAGGCAGCAGCAAGUGUGCUCCGCAGCUCAAGGUUGUACGGCGGUCGUUGCUGUCGGAGCAGCUGGGCGCGUGCUGGGUGAAGGGGCAGGGUGUGAUGGGGGUGCUGCGGGCGCUGCAGCUGGUCGCGCAGGUACGGCAGGAGAUGCUUGCCCAGGGGCGAGAUCUGGUGGCUGGCGUGGCAUACCUACCAGCUGAGCUCCUCGACUCGCUCGAGGAGGAGCAAUGUGCGGAGCAGAGACGCGCGCAGCGGGAACGUGGUCGAGCUCCUGCUGGUUCCAAAUCCAGGCCGGAAUCCAGAUCUAGUUCCUGCUCUUCGCUAACCGUUUCGUCGGGCCCGCGAUACCGCCAUUACAAGCGGGUUCGGGAUGCCGCGCGGGAUGUAAUGGAGUGCGCGGAGCGGCUCAAAGUGGAUGUGGAUGUGCAGCUGGUGUGGCAGCAGCGGCAGCAGCAGCGGCGCCAGCGUGCAUCCCAUAACCGCCAGCACCGGCACUGGUGGCAGCGGCCGCACCUCAGUACCAGCAGCAGCGGCAGUCCUACCCAGCAGGGGGAGCAGGAGGAGCAGUGGGGUGAAGCGGGCAAGCCCCUGGACGCCUCCGGUGGUGGGGGUGUUGAUGAGGGCGAUGAUGAUGAUGAUGAUGACGAGGAGGAGGAGGAGGAUGCCAGGUUGGCGG